CAGACCCCUUCUUGCGACGUGCUUUCCACGCUGCGGCUAAACUUGUUUUUUUUCGUCGAAAGGUUGAGGAGUCCCAAAUAUUUAGUGCCAAAAUUGUAUUUUCAAUAUACACGUUGUACACUGGGACGUGAAACGUCGCCUGUUGUGUUUAACGUAAUGCGGAGUUUUACAGUUAGCCAAGCUAGCUAGACAUGUAAACACUGGUGGAAGUUGACAACAGUGUGGCAAUAGAGCGAAUAAAAUGGGUCGCAAAAAACAGGGAAGAUUUGUGCGCCCUGAAAGCAAAGGGAAGGACAUUCGGCACAAAGUAAAGGGGAAGACAUUGGAGGCCUUCACAGAGGAAAUGCACACUGCCUUUGAAGCAAGUCUUCAUGUAGAAGAGGGUGCAGAAGCUUCCCAAGUCAGACUGCCAUGUCCACUCGCCAUGUGGGAGUUGGGCCACUGUGAUCCCAAGCGAUGCACUGGCAGAAAACUUGUACGUAAAGGCUUUGUGCGAAACCUUCGUCUCAAUCAGAGAUUCAACGGCCUCAUACUAAGUCCAAUGGGUUCCAAAUAUGUGACUCCAGCAGACAGAGACAUUGUUGCCAACAAUGGUCUGGCAGUGAUCGAUUGCUCUUGGGCCAAACUGGAGGAGACUCCCUUCAAUAAAAUGAUCGGAAGCCAUCCCCGGCUGUUGCCAUACCUCGUCGCUGCAAACCCUGUCAACUAUGGGAAACCUUGCAAGUUGUCUUGUGUGGAGGCUUUUGCUGCCACAUUCUGUAUCGUGGGUUUUGAAGAACUGGCAUUACUUUUGUUGAGGAAGUUUAAGUGGGGUUCAGCAUUUAUAGAUCUGAAUAAAGAUCUGUUGAAGAAAUAUUCUGUCUGCCAGACAGAAGAGGAGCUGCUUAAUGUGGAGAAAGAGUUCCUGACAUCAAAACCUCACGAGGAGGAGUUUGAUCCAUUUGAUGUCACCUCUGGGGUAGAGUGCAGAAACCUCAACAGACGACAGUGUGAACCCGAAGAUGAAGAUUCGGACAAAGAAACUGACUCAUCGGAGGAAGACGAAGAUGAACAAGACGGAAAUGUGAACUCUGAAAAUGACGAUGAGUCAGAUAAUGAUAGGGAGGCUGCAUUAAAUAUAUAAAGUAUUAUAUUUUGGUUAUUCAAAUACAUCAUCUGUAAAAAAUUGAAAUCAAGCAUCACAAGGUUAAGAAAAUCAAGUGACAUUUUGUACAUUCUGUGAACACAGGAUCACAUGUUUGGGGGGAAAAACACGGUGAAAGAAGUAAUGUGUUUUGUUAAAUAAAAUACUAAAGUCACAGUAUCUGCUGAAAGUUUUGGGAAGGUCAAAUGGUGUUAAGGCGCAGGAAUACAGCCAAGUUGCAUCUCAGUUCAAGAAAGAGCUAAUAAAGUGAAUUGAAAAAGUUUUCAAGUUUAAUGCUGUUGCAGUCUUAAAGCAAAUGAACACAUUGAGGCACGGCUUUGGUACUGAAUCCUGGUGAUGAUGGGUCUGGCUGCCUGCCGCCGGUCAUCUAAGAGAGAGUAGAAAGAGAUGAGCGUGAUUUUCAUUUCACCCAUCAUCUGCUGCGAGACAUUCUUCACACGUCAAGCUGCUGGUAUCCAAGUCAUGAGCCAAGUAAUCGAA